AAUCACGUUAGGAGGAUUGGCCCACUACACCAAUAGGAAUUAGGAUGGGCAUGUUGCAGUACUGUGCUAGAUAGGUUGCGCCGUGAAGAAAAGUCACCACCUUGUGAAGUCGCUCAAAUCAAGGCAACCAGGAAUGAGCACUGUUGUAGUAUAGCAGGCUAGCUGCAUUGCAAUAGGUUUGCAUUAGAAGGUCGAAAGUAGGACAGCGCCUUUGAGAUUUUUCCGAACCGUUUUAUGACUACAAAACAUUGCUGUAAAUUUGAGAUAUAGGGCAAUACCAAUACUCAAGAGUGUCAAAGUCGAACUAAUUUUCCUUCGUAGCUACGUAUUUAGCAAGCUAGCUAGCUUGCUAGGUCAAGUGUAGCUAACGUUAGACAGCAACAUUAGCCUUUUGCAAACAUGGCUGCGAUGAGAGCUUCUUAUCACAAACUGCUAGACAAGAUCGGGCUAAUGUUGCCAGCAAAACUGAGACCUCUCUACAAUCACCCUGCAGGUAAUGUAAAUGUUAUUAGACUCUGUGACAGCCAGCGUUAGCCAUAGAUUAUCAUUAGCAACUGGCGUGCGUCUAGACCCCUUGAGGACGGUACACACUAAUGACCGCUGUUGUGGCUGAAGUGGCCUUGGCUUACUUAGUGAUUGAUGUCAAGAAUCCCUUGCUAAAUAUUUUGAUGUGUGCAACCAAUAUCCUAUCUAAUGUCGCUGCUCUUAGUGUUUUAAACCCAAACAAAUGUGUCAUGGCGGUGCCUCUAAAUCUGUAAAGCGAUGCCAACAGUUUUGCAGAUUAGUUAUCCCAUUGAGUACUUUGCAGUCAAUGGUACACAGUAACUGGCUAAAUGAGUGUGGUUGCAGGCAUAGACAUCAUUGGUUGCAGAUGGUCGCGUGGAGCUUUGUGUGAAUGAGAGGAUUGUCUGGAAUGCAAUACCAAAGCGAAUGGAAGCUAAGCAUAGCAUGUUCAGCAUUGGCAUGGUUCCUUACAGAAUGAGUAGUUGCAUGUUUUUGGAAAUCAAUGUGAUGCCCUACAUGGAAGGAAGAAGUUGAGAGCAAACUGCUUGUCAACAUUUGCAGUCUUUUAACAGUCCUACACCAGUAAAUUUAGCUACAGCUGUUAACUAGGUAAUUAAGCAAAUAAAACAUCCCUUCAUGCUUAUUGUCAUGUAUAAAAAUGCCCAGUUGCUAUCAUGGCUAGAAGAAGAGAUCUCAGUGACUUUGAAAGAGGGGUCUCAAAGGAGCAUAGGGGGUUUAAAGUGUGUGUGUCUGUCGGUCACCAGAUCUCAAUCCAAUUGAACACUUAUGGGAGAUUCUAGAGCAGCGCCUGAGAGAGUGUUUUACACCACCAUCAUAGGCCCAGCGUCGUCCGGGGUAGGCUGUCGUUGUAAAUAAGAAUUUGUUCUUAACUGACUUGCCUAGUUAAAUAUAAAUUGAAGCUGUUCUGGCAGCUCGUGGCGGCCCCUAUUAAGACGCGUUGUUGGUGUUUCCUUUAUUUUGACAGUUACAUGUAUGCGCCUUUGGCAGAAAAAUUAUAUGAUUGGCCAAACCUGUAACACUGGUCAAACCUGUUGCAUAGCAUCCUAUGUAGGCCUACAUGUAACUGCCAAAAUAAAGGAAACACUUGAGUAAAUGAAGGAUACAAAGUAUAUUGAAAGCAGGUGCUUCAACACAGGUGUGGUUCCUGAGUUAAUUAAGACAUUAACAUCCCAUCAUGCUUUGGGUCAUGUAUAAUAAUGCCCAGAUGCCCUUAUUUUGGCUGCGUUUAGACAGGCAGCCCAAUUCCGAUCUUUUUUUCUCACUAAUUGGUCUGAAAGUGUGUGUCUGUCUGUCUCAGCCACCAGAUCUCAACCCAAUUGAACACUUAUUGGAGAUUCUGGAGCGGCGCCUGAGACAGCGUUUUCCACCACCAUCAACAAAAAAGCAAAUGAUGGCAUUUCUUGAAUGGUGUCGCAUCCCUCCAAUAGAGUUCCAGACACUUGUAGAAUCUAUGCCAAGGUGCAUUGAAGCUGUUCUGGUGGCUCGUGGUGGCCCAACACCCUAUUAAGACACUUUGUGGAUGUUUCCUUUAUUUUGCCAGUUACCUGUAUAUGCUGUGUAUCUUUUGCUGAACUGCAUGCUGCUCUGUUGUGGUUAUCACUAAUAGUUGAAUGCUGCCAAUGUUACAUUUUGUUUAUAGGAAGGGGUAACCUUUCAAUUAUAUUUAAAAAUAUUUCGCAUUAUCAGGACUUUAUUGUGACAGCCUGACAUGGCUUGAUCAUGAUGCAAGCAUACUUAAGCCUUGUUCACACUGCAGGCCUUAAUGCUCAAAUCUUCAUAUUUUUUUGGGGGGGAAUACUGACUGUCCAAACAGCAAUUUACAAGUGACCAAAUCGGAUUUGUGUGUGUUCAGACAGCAGUCAUUUGCUGACAUGGCUACGCUAGUUGUCAUAGUAAUGACGGGUGUGCAGUGGUGUAGGCUGGUUGGUGGUGCUCGUGCUUCCUAUCACUCAGAAGUUAUGUAGCAAGCUAAGGUGACAACAAUGCCUGCAAUGGACGUUUCCCAGUUGCUUUGAAUUGUUAAAACCAUAGUGUAAAAACACUUUUUUUAUAGCCUCAAAUGAUAAGAUAAUCUAACUUUCAAAACAAGUAUGUUUUAGCUAGCCACAGCAGUCAACUUGCUAGCUAGGUACUGUCAUGAAACAAGAUGGCACCAAUAGACAUGGCAGCUCUGUUUCUAGCUCCUAAGGUAGCUGUUUAGCUUUCUAGCACAUUCACUAAUUUGUUUGUGAACAAUUAACAAGCUAGUUAGCUACCACAUUCUUGUCAAACUGUCAACAGAGCUGCAAGCAACAAGAUAUGCCAAAUAAGUCUAAAAACCACUUGAGGGCAAAUAAAUCGGAUUUGACCGUUCAGACACAAGUCGUGUGGCCAGGAAUCAGAUUUGUAUCAAAACCACUACGAAGGUGGUUUUGAAAUGUGGCUUGAAUUAUCAUAUUCCAUGUGCUUUUUGGCUGUUCAGACUGCAGGAAAAAUAACACAUUUUAGAAUUGGAUAUGCCAAAUAAUAGGACUUGAGUCACUUCAAACUGCUAAUGUAAACAUGGCUUUAGAUUAGGGCUCUAGCCGACACAGCCAACCCUUGCUUUUUACAUCUAUUCUUGUUGGUAAAAAUAUAUAUGUGGAGAAAAAAACAAUUAGCCCAAUGCUUGAAAUAUAACUUAAAUUGGUGUAAAACAAUGAUUGCUGGCUAGGAGGACUAAUGCCCUGAUUUUCUCUGUUUGAUUCUUGUUGUGUUGACUUAUCACUACAUGAACUCUUCCUGUAUAGUCAAUAAUGUUUAUCUUUCAAUUCAGACUAAAGUUCAGACUAAAGUUGUCAGCACUCUAUCAUUGCUAUUGGAGAACAGAACACAGCUACCAAGGAAUAAUGUUUUGACCACAUGAGGGGUGGUGCCCUAAGCCCAACUCCCUACAAGAUGAUUGGCUAAAACAGAGAGUUCUCUUCCCUCCUCCUCAGCGUGCAGCCGGAGCCUAGUGUUUCCUGAUGGAGACUGGUAGAUUAGAUUCAGAGCAGACAGUGGUGUUCUUACCGUAUUGCAUGUGGAAGCUUUUUGUCCACCCCAUGGUCCUCCCCAAAGAAGGGCGCUGUGCCACCUUGUGGACUGGCUGUACCACUAUGUAAAAAACUUUAUUUGUUAUAAUUUAAGGCCAUUUUUUGCUCUAGAUUGCAGGAAAUUGCAGUUACAGGUGUUUAAACCCCCCCCCAAAAAACAGCAUAAAUCUUUGAGUAUCAUCUUAUUCAUGGAGUGUGAGAUGUUACUUAGGAGAGGUCAUUUAGCCUUAUUUGGUUACCAAUGGGCUAAAUAGGAGAACAAUGAAAAUAGUUUAGGCCUACCCAUCCACAAGAAUCAGUCAUAUGAAGUAUUAAGUGUCUAAGAUUUCCCUGCAUUGAAUUAAACACAGUCAAAGGAAUAGUCAGCGCUGUCCCAUAAUGUUUCAUUCAGUGUCCAACUGACAGAACUCUUGGUCAGGAUGUAAGCACUGUGGUUAUGUCCGUUAAACAAGUCUAUGGUAGUGGUCAAAUAGCGAUUCAUGAAAGAUUAUCAGAUGUUAUGAUGUUGUUGUGACAACACAAGUUACUUUUUUGCUGAGAAUCGUAUGAUAUUUCAUCAUCUGUUCUGUAACCAAUUUUCUCAUGGAUUGUGUCUUCUCUAAUUCCAGGUCCAAGGACUAUUUUCUUCUGGGCCCCAAUGUUCAAAUGGGUAAGGGCUGAAUUUGUUUUGCUUGAGCUAUUGCUUUAUCUAAACGUUAACAUGUAGGAAGGUAUUGUCUAAUGAAACAAAUUUCAGGUCACAUGCAUCUCCUCAUCUCUAUAGGGGCUGGUUGGGGCUGGUCUGGCAGAUAUGAGUCGACCAGCCGAGAAACUGAGCAUGUCCCAGUCUGCUGUACUGACAGCCACAGGUAUAGUGGAGUUCCUAUAUUAUUCUGUGAGUGACAGGUAUAGUGUAAAUGUAAUCCUUCAGUCAAAUAAACAACUUCACUCAUUGACUAAUCACUUUUCCCACUUUCUCAGGUCUGACCUGGUCCAGAUACUCUUUGGUCAUCAUUCCAAAGAACUGGAACCUCUUUGCUGUCAAUUUAUUUGUGGGUAGUGCUGGAAUAUCCCAGCUCUACAGGAUCUUCCAGUAAGUGAACCUCUCUUAGAGCACAGAAAUAGAAUAAAGACCUGACCUAUAGAUUUGACUCGCCAUUAAACGGCCACAGUAUGUUUUUUCUGUCCUUUUUGUAAGUUCUUUAGGAAUCAACCUGGAGGCUCAUAAGAAACUCUGUUUUACUUUGUUUUCUUUUUUUAAUAUUUAGCUUUUAUUCCUUGAAGUUUAAGGGCAAAUGUAUUUGAAUAAAUGUACAUAAACCUCAAGUUUAUUUUCCCCCUCUCUUCCCUUAUCCCCUUUCACACUACAGGUAUGAACAAGGGAAGAAGGCACUAGCAAAGGAGGAGGCUGCCCCUGCAGAGUCUUGAGUGUUGUCACCAAUCCAUCUCCAUGGACCGUAAGGGAGUUAAUCACCGGCACAAACCCAGUCCCUCUCAGCCCCUCCAUCCUCACUCAAUAUUAUAGUAGAAAAAAACAAUGUUUCCUUGCUGUAGAUCAUGUAAUUUGUCUGGAUUUCUUCAGGUUUAUAAUGGAAUAUUAACCCUUACAAAACACUCAAAUGUUUGUCAUCUAUGCACAAGAUGUUGUAUUUUUAAGUUUUACUUCAUGCAACAACUUGUAUGAUUGUAUGGUCUUAAAUUGAUUUAAUUUGUUAAUGAUUCAUAUUUAUCAUGCACUUUUUGGGAAGUGUUGCUUUUUUCCAUAAUUUCUUUGAGUAGUCAUCAUCAUUCCUCAUGGAGUGGUUUCCUAACAAUGAAGGUCUUGGAUCUGUGUUGAAUGUGGUUUAAAAGAAUGUCUCCCAAAAUAUUUUUGAAUUAGAUGUCACUUUCAUACCAUAUGCUAAUUCAUCAACUAUUUCCAUCAAUCAUUUUGGUAACAAUUUCUAUAUCCGUACAUCAAGGAUGAUUAAACCUUCCACGUGUUGUAAAUGCUUUAACCAAUAAAUCAGGUUGAAAAAAACAUUUCAUAUAGCUUUUAACAGUAGAUUUUCAAUUGCCAAUAGUAAUAUGAAAUCACCACCUUUCUGUCCCCGAUCAUUUGGAGGAACUUCUUGGUAAUGUGUCCUAUGUGUUGCAGUCUUGGGGGAUGAAUCUAGCGUGGACAACUUGUAUUGGCCCUGUAGUCAAGGUCCUCGUCUCCUAUUAGUUGGUUCUCAGUAGUUGGGAGACGCAUAAUCUGUUAAUGUAACUAGAUGAGAAUUUAAGAAGUCCUUUUGUUCAUUGAUCUCUGAGAUUUUAUAGCAAUAACUGGCAAAUUUCAUUGGUCCAUAAUGCACUGGAACAUGAACAGGCACUUACGUAUGGAGAGGUUCUAUCUUAAAAAGGUCUGUAUGUAAUGGAUAUGCCCAUAUUUGUUCUGUUGAAUUAAAAAUCUUGGCAUAUUCUGAAGCAGUUUCAUUCCUGGGCAGAAAGUGUAUGAUAGUUAAAAAUAGGUUGUUUGAGUUGAAGAUAUGUUUUGACCUGACUUGUGAAUUGAGGUUUGGAUAUGUGACUUGGCAUAAGUGUCCCACAAGGGUGGAACAAACUGAAACAGUCAUGCCUCUACAUGAAUUACUGUUUUUACUUGGUCUUCCAACUAGACUAUUAUACUGUGAAAAACUCUUUUACAUGCUAAAGAUUAGAUCAAAAAGAAAAAUACAGAAAGUUGACCAUUGAUUGGUCCACCUUUGUAUACACAACACCUAAUCAGCAUGUCACUAAGGCUGCGUUUACACAGACAGCCCAAUUCUGAUAUUUUUUCCAAUAAUUGGUCUUCUGACCGAUCACAUCAGAUCUUUUCACAUCAGAUCUUUUUCAGUGCUGAUCUGAUUAGUAAAAAGAUCAGAAUUUGGCUGCUUGUGUAAACGCAGCCUGUGCUUUACGGUAACCUAGACACCUAAAGUGCCAGUAGAAGCAGAGUGUCAAGGAAAAACUCCCCAGAAGGAAGAAACCUUGUGUAACCAGACUCAGGAGAGACCCAUACUCCCCUGGCUGUACUAGGUG